AUGCAACAAAUAAGACAUUAUGUUACAAAAGUUUCAAAAAAUACCCUGUAUAACUCCAUUAAAUCUAAUAAAAAACCAAUUUUAGUUAAUUUUGUUAUAGGAUCUGAUAAAAAAUGCCAAACUUUAGAAAAUAUGAUCGAUAAUGAAGUAAAUAAUAAUUUUGUGGAUAUUGUUUCAUGCGAUAUAAAUUACAACCAUUUAUUAAUAAAAAAAUAUAAUAUAAAGAAAAUUCCCUCAACAUAUGGAUUUUCAUUGGGUAAACUAAUGAGAGUUUCCCAAAAUCCAAAUAAUUUAAAAAACUAUAUGGAUCUUGUUUCAAAAAUUCAAUACGAUCAUGUCUAUAACAUAUUAAAUAAUAAUAUGAAAAAUAAUAUUCAUAACAAUAAUAAUAAUAAUUUAAAUUAUAAUAAUAAUCCACAAACUAAUAAUAUCAAUUUAAACGCUUUAAAUAGUAUUGACGAUAAAAACUCUGUCUCCCAUUUCAGUAAUGGAAUUUAUUUUAUUACCACUCAAUAA